AUGGCUUCGGCAGUUGCUCAUCUUCCCGGCUGCCAUGGCUCUCUGCUAGCAGAAGGGAAAAAGCCCAAAGUCCCCGUCUCCGAUAACCCUCAUCAUGUUCAGACUACACUCAUCUUCAAUAAAGAGAACGAGGAUGGUUCUCCCCAAGCACCAAUAUACAUUGGAAAGCCAGAAAGCUACCAUCGACCUACCAUCGCUAUCCCCGCCACUAUCCAUGAUGUCAGUGGUCACGAGCUUGACUACACCCUAGACAGCCAUGGAUUCCAGUACUACUACCACGAGAGCAAACUGAAGGACUUCCUUGACGAGGAGAAGAUCAGAGCAGAGUAUUACCCAGAGACAGAGCAACUGCUCAAAGACGUCACUGGCGCCUCUCGGUUCUUUAUCUUCGAUCAUACCAUCCGCCGAGCGCCAAAAGACUGGAUCACCGGGGACCAGCCUCGCGGUCCUAUCCAAACCGUCCAUAUCGACGCAUCCUACGACGGAACCAAGGCUAGAGUCUGCCACUACUUGCCCGACGAGGCACCAGAGCUCCUUAAGAGCCGCUACCAGAUGAUCAGUGUAUGGCGUCCGAUCCACACAAUCCUAAAGGACCCGCUAGCAAUUGCAGAUGCAAACUCUACGCCCGAAAGUGCCCUUUCCCCUCUGAAGUUUGUUUACCCGGACUCAGAGGGUGAGUCAUGGUCCGUCAAGCCGGAUCCAAAUAUCAAGUGGUACUAUCGCUACAAACAGACUCCGGAUAUGGUCACCUUCAUCAAACUUUUCGAUUCUAAACUUGACGGGAGGGCGAGGCGGGCGCCGCAUGCUGCUUUUGUUGAUCCAACGACGGAACAUGAGCCUCCGAGAGAGAGUAUUGAGCUGAGAGCUUUGAUUUUCCAUCCUGAGGAUCGUGAUUAG